GUAAAAAAAGGAUCUACAAAUGAUGAUGGUUUUGAAACACCUCCUCCCAGAUCGCAAAGCAAAACUGUGAUGAUCACUCCUCAAAAACCUACCCUUUUCGCAGAUUCUGUAAAAUAUCUGGAUAACCAUUUUUCAGUAGUCAUUAAUCAGCAGUGUGUUAUAAUGAAAGAAAUUAAAGUUGAUAUAAUUCCAGGAUCUGUUCGUGAUUGGCCUCUUAAUGUAUUAUUAUACACAGUGGAAAGAAUCGUGCCUUUAUUCAAGGCAAUACAGUCUGUUUAUAAAGAAUAUAUAUUCGACUGGAUUGAGGUACAACUUGACUGUAUCAAAGAAAUGAAGGUGUUAUUCCCGGGACUCGAUUUAACACUCAAUAAAGCAGACGGUGUUGAAGAUUCUGAGAAACUUAUUAAGGAAGCGAUGUUUGGACUGGUAUCCCUUCUGAGAGACUAUUUAGACAAGAACGCGGAGAAUGUGGAGAACAUAUGCACAUACAUGGUACAAGUUAUUGGUAAUGUAUUCACCACUGUAUCAGUUCAUUUGAACAACACGAAUCUUACAGUGAUUAAAUCAGCGGUACUACCAUUCUCAUUCAACGAAAUUGAAACAUUCUUGGAAAUAUUUGAACUACUUUAUGCUUUGAUUAGUGGGUUCGAAGGCCAAAUAAAUGAGUUAAAGAAGCUUGCAUUCACCAAUUCCACUGAUGGUGUACCAACAGUUCGAGACUGGAUCUGGGUCCCAAAAUCGAUUGCGGAAUGGGGAUCAAUAGAAAUACGUGAAAAUGAGUCUGACUUGUGA